AUGUCAGCAUCAGAGCCUUUGAAGAGCGAUCAGACGGAAGGAGCUGUCAAGAGCGCAAGCCACGCACAGAAGGCCGUAAGAAUUCAACCUCGUCCCGGCAUCCCCGAGCCUCUGCUGGGAAUCGUGCUCGGCCAGCUCAUCAACGAGCUCAACGAUGUCUCCUGCUCCGCGACCACGUACGACUCGUCCUCCGUCCGGACGAAAGUUCUCUAUCUGAUCUACAUCACCAUCUUCAACUUCGCCGCCAUCUACAUCUACGCCGCCUGCUGGGCGCUGGUCAGCGAGCGUCUGGCCCGCCGCUACCGCAAGGGGUACUUCCGCAGCCUGAUCCGCCAGGAAGCCGCGUUCCAUGACACCCUACCCUCGGGACAGGUCAUCUCGCGGCUGGUGAGCGACAUCGAGACGGUACAGUCGGGGACCUCGGAGAAGGUGGGCAUAUACAUCGCGACGCUGUCGUAUUUCAUCACCGCGUACAUCGUGGCCUUCAUCAAAGUGCCGGUUGUGGCGGGGAUUCUGGUCGCCAUCGUGCCGUGCUUCUUUGCCAUGUCGCUGGUGGGAGGCCACUUUACCUCGCGGUAUGGCAACCGCGUCGGGAAACAUGUCGAUCAAGCGACCUCCAUUGCCUCUUCCAGCCUGUCGCAUCCCCGCAUCGUGCAUGCUUUCAAUGCCCAUCGGCGCCUGGAGGAGUUGUUCUCAUCGAAUCUGUUCAACGCGCGCAAGGAUGCGUUGAAGAAGGCAGCAGUGCAUGCGGCCCAGAUGGGCUUUUUGUUCUUUAUCGUGUAUUCCUCCAAUGCUCUGGCGUAUUGGAAGGGUGCGCACCUGAUUGCGGACUAUAUUGAUGGUCUUGGGUCUGGGGUCUCCCUUGGGGCCGUGUACACGGUGAUCUUUAUUCUCAUUGAUGCCUCCUUCAUCUUGAGUCAAGUCUCCCCGUACAUGCAUGUGUUCAGCGCCGCCGCAAGUGCAUCCGAACGGCUGUUGGAGGUCAUCAACCGUGAUUCUCAAAUCGAUGGCACUUCAGAGACGGGGGAACAGAGCGUAGACCUCGCCGAUAAGGAGAUUGUUUUCGAAGAUGUGAGCUUUACAUAUCCCGCACGUCCUUCGAAUCCCGUCCUGCAAGGGGUCAACUGUUACAUUCCGCCAAAGAAACACACUGCCAUCGUGGGUCCGUCAGGCGGAGGCAAGUCCACCAUCGUGGCACUUCUGGAGCGGUUCUAUGAUCCAUGCUCCGGGGUAGUCCGGAUCGGGAGUCAAGAUAUCCGUGCGGUGAACGUGGCAAGCCUGCGCGGGCAGUUGGGUUUUGUUCAACAAGAGUCCCAACUCUUCGAUCGGUCGAUCCUGGAGAAUAUCGCUUACGGGCUCGUUGGGUCUACCGCGCACGAAAGUCUGACGGAGGUGAUUCUGGAUAUGAGUUUGUCGGCUGUCGUGGAGCAGAUUCAAGCGGGGACCCCGGAAAAAGACGUUCUCGCUGCUUGCGAUCCUAAGAUUGCCGAAAUUGUUCGUCGGGCGAAAGAGGCUGCCGAUAAAGCUAAUGCACUUUCGUUCAUUGAAGCCCAAGCCUUUGGAAUAGCGACGAGUGUUGGGACUGCUGGGGGGCAGUUGAGCGGUGGUCAACGGCAGCGCAUUGCUCUUGCGACUGCACUUGUUCGUGAGCCCAAGUUGCUUGUACUUGAUGAGGCAACCGCUGCACUUGAUUCUAUCAGUGAACGCUUGAUCCAUGAGGCCUUGCUCAAGGUGUCGGGGACUACGACGAUAGUCUCUAUCGCACACCGUCUGGCAACGGUCAAGGACGCUGAUCAGAUCAUCGUCAUCGAGAAGGGACGAGUGGCUGAGUAUGGAUCUCCGCAGGAGUUAAUGGACCAGGGUGGUAGGUAUGCAGCGAUGAUUGCACAGCAGAAGUUGGAUCAAGGGGAGGCACAAGAGCUUGUGACGGGCGCCGGCAGCACGAAUGAUAGGCCUGGCAUUCACACUGAGCUUGUGCCUGUCACAGAGAAAAACAACAUCCAUGAGAAAGAUAAGAUCGAUGCGACCGUGGAACAGACGCCAGUAUCACAGCAAGAGGACCCCCCUGGCUCGAAGCGCCUAACUCUGAAGAUCUGUUUUUCUUUUAUCCGCCCUAAUCUUCUUCUGAUCAUACUAGGGCUGGGUAUGUCGGUCAUCAUUGGUGCUAGUUAUAGCUCAAACGCGGUUCUAUUCGGCAAUACGCUGGGAGCGCUCAGUCCAUGUAAAGGCACUCCUAGCAUCCGACACAGCGGAAGUUUCUUCGGCCUCAUGUUCUUCAUCGUCGGACUCGUAGAGUUCUUUGCCAAUAUCAUCGGCGGCUGUGCCUAUGGGUGGGCUGCAGAUCAGACACUCUAUCGCAUCCGCGUUGCGUCCUUCCGCUCCUUGCUCGCCCAGACUAUCACCUGGCAUGGCACAGAUGGACGCAGUCCAGGAACGCUGAUCUCCUACCUCACCGGCGAUGCUUCAGCUAUCAGCGGCCUGACUGGAACAACAAUUGGUCUUCUGCUGGCAACAACUGUCAAUUUGUUUGCCGGGAUUACUAUUUCGUUCAUCGUUGCGUGGAAGAUCUCCAUUGUCCUGCUGCCUACCAUUCCUGUCCUCUUGGCAGCCGGGGUCAUGAAGCUCCGCGUACAGAAUCAAUUCGCCGAGCGGCACAAGAAAGCAUUCUCGCGGGUGACUGAGAUCACCGUCGAGGCGCUGGAAAAUCUGCGUUUUGUGGCUGGAUUCUCCCUGGAAAAACAGCUUUACCGGGAGUUCAUCCAUGCAAUCCAGGGCCCAUACAAGAAGACCAUGAAGGCCAUCGCCUGGGGCAACUUUUGGCUGGCCACUGCCUUCAGCGUCAGCAACCUGAUCAGCGCUCUCGCUUACUGGUGGGGCUCCAAGCAGAUUGCGUCAGGUCUCUACUCCCAAAAGCAGUUCUUCAUUGUCUUGCCUGCAUUACUCUUCAGCACUCAAUCCUGCGGCCAGAUGCUCGCCCUUGCACCGGACCUCUCCAAAGCCGGCAAGGCUGCUUCUCGCAUCGUGGACUUGGUGAACACCGACUCCGCAGAGAAGGAAGCCCAAACGGACAGGCAUAAAGAGAUAAUUCCGUGCGGGGAGAAGUCUGACGUCGAUAUCGAAGCCAACCCAGCCUUUAUGCCUUGCUCCGAAUCGACGCCUUCACCUACCCCCAUUGGCGCCGAGCUACGUCACGUGCAGUUCUCGUACCCUACCUCGCCGGACCUCCCCGUCCUCCGCAACCUGAGCCUCACCUUGGCUCCAGGGGGAUUCUACGCCCUCGUCGGCCCCAGUGGCUCGGGCAAAUCCACCAUCUUGGCGAUGCUGGAACGCUUCUACUACCCAUCCUCGGGUACCAUCUACAUCGACAAUCAGGACAUCACCCGCGUCCGUUCCACGGACUUCCGUGACGAGAUCGCCCUCGUCCCGCAGGAGAGUGUGCUCUUCGAAGGCAGCGUCGCUUUCAACAUCGCGCUCGGAGCUCGGCCCACCGACACACCCACGCAGUCCGAGAUCGAGGCCGCGUGCAAACUCGCCCAGAUCCACGACGUGAUCAUGGAAUUGCCGGACACGUACGAGACGAUCUGCACGCACAACGGAAAGCAGUUCUCGGGCGGUCAGCGGCAGCGGCUGGCGAUCGCACGAGCGUUCCUACGCAAGCCCCGCCUGUUGCUCCUGGAUGAGUCGACGAGUGCGUUAGACGGGGAGUCGGAAAGGAAGAUCCAGGAGGCGCUGCAGGGGUUCGUGGGGAAGACGACGAUCGUGGCAAUUGCGCACCGACUGCGCACGAUUUAUCGGGCGGAUCGGAUUUUCCUGAUUGAGGAGGGUCGGUGUACGGUGCAGGGGACGCAUGCGGAGUUGGUGGAGCGGAGUGCGGUUUAUCGGGAGAGCGUGGUGCAUCAGUCGUUGGAUAUGUGA